CUGAUGCUGCUGCUUAUGGAAGCCUGGACUGAGCAACAUUGCUGACAUCCCUAGCAGCUUCCUCUAAUACAGUGCCUGCUCUUGUGUUGCCAGGAGGACUGACAAGCCUGUGGUUGUAUCAUCUAAUCAUCUUUGUGGGCACCUGGCAAAGUUCAGCAUGGCAUUAAUAAUGGAACCAGUGAGCAAAUGGUCUCCCAGUCAGGUAGUGGAUUGGAUGAAAGGUCUGGAUGACUGUCUGCAGCAGUAUAUCAAAAACUUUGAGAGGGAAAAAAUUGCCGGGGACCAAUUACUUCGUAUUACUCAUCAAGAACUGGAAGAACUGGGAGUCACAAGGAUUGGACACCAGGAACUCAUUUUGGAAGCAGUAGAUUUGUUGUGUGCAUUGAAUUAUGGACUGGAAACAGAAAAUCUGAAAACUCUUUCACAUAAAUUAAAUGCAUCUGCCAAAAAUCUACAAAAUUUUAUAACUGGGAGAAGGAGAAGUGGUCAUUAUGAUGGGAAGAGCAGCAGAAAAUUACCAAAUGACUUCUUGACAUCUGUUGUAGACCUUAUUGGUUCAGCAAAGAGCCUCCUUGCUUGGUUGGACAGGUAUUGUCACGCUGAUCAGGAUGACAUCGAUAACCUUAAAAAAAGAUGGAUAGGGCAUAAACUGGAUAAAUCACCAUUUGCUGCUGUGACAGAUUACUCAGUUACAAGGAACAAUGUAAUUCAGCUAUGCCUGGAAUUAACAACAAUCGUGCAGCAGGAAUGUACAGUGUACGAAACAGAAAACAAGAUUCUUCAUGUGUGUAAAACCCUAUCAGGUGUCUGUGACCACAUCAUCUCUCUCUCUUCUGAUCCGCUGGUUUCUCAGUCUGCCCAUCUUGAAGUCAUACAGCUUUCCAACAUCAAGCCAAGCGAAGGGCUGGGAAUGUACAUUAAAUCCACAUAUGAUGGUCUUCAUGUGAUAACCGGAACAACAGAAAAUUCCCCUGCCGAUAGAUGCAAGAAGAUCCAUGCUGGUGAUGAAGUGAUCCAAGUCAACCAUCAGACAGUGGUGGGGUGGCAGUUGAAAAAUUUGGUGAAUGCACUACGAGAGGACCCGAGUGGUGUUAUCUUAACUUUGAAAAAGCGACCUCAGAGCAUGCUUACCUCAGCACCAGCUUUACUGAAAAAUAUGAGAUGGAAACCCCUUGCUCUGCAGUGGUAUGAUGAUGAAAUGAAAACUUAUUCCUGGACACGUAUAUCACCUCUAAUACCAAGAAGUCCUACGAGUGGAGCAGCUACCCCAUCAAGCACAAUUAGCACACCUACAAAGCGGGACAGUACUGCACUCCAAGAUCUUUUCAUCCCCCCACCUCCAGCUGAGCCCUACACACCAAGAGAUGAAAAAGGCAAUUUGCCAUGUGAAGAUGUGAGCCGUCAUAUACUUGGAAAACCAGUAUCGAAGGGGUCAGAGUCUCCAAACUCAUUUCUGGACCAAGAGUAUAGAAAGCGGUUCAAUACUGUAGAGGAAGAUGCUGUCCUUUAUUGCUACGAGUAUGACAAGGGAAGAGCCAGCAUGCAGAGUCGCAGAGAAAGCACUCCAACAUAUGGUAAGUUGAGGCCAAUAUCUAUGCCUGUAGAAUACAACUGGGUUGGAGAGUAUGAAGAUCCUAACAAGAUGAAAAGAGAUAGUAGGAGAGAAAGUUCUUUGCUUCGGUACAUGAGCAAUGACAAAAUAAUUCAAGAAGAGUUUAUGAUGCAGAGAAACACCAAAAAGGACACAGGGAAGAAAUCUAAAAAGAAAGGAGAGAAAAAUACAAGUCCAAGUCAUUAUGGUAUACUUUCUGGGGUGCAAAUGGAUUCCUUGAGGCAGGAAGUGGUCAGUCCUUCAGUAGCAGAUACAGCUUCAUAUCACACUUUCCAGCAGUCGUCUCUGCAGCAUAAAUCCAAGAAAAGAAAUAAAGGUCCUGUUCCUGGGAAAAGUAAAAGACGUAUAUCGUGCAAGGACUUGGGAAGGGGCGAUUGUGAAGGAUGGCUAUGGAAGAAGAAGGAUGCAAAGAGCUAUUUUUCACAGAAGUGGAAAAAGUAUUGGUUUGUCUUGAAGGACUCUUCCCUGUAUUGGUACACCAAUGAGGAGGAAGAAAAGGCGGAGGGAUUUAUCAGUCUACCUGAGUUCAAAAUUGAUCGAGCCAGCGAGUGUCGUAAGAAAUUUGCUUUUAAAGCUUGCCAUCCCAAGAUCAAAAGCUUCUACUUUGCUGCCGACAAUUUAGAUGAUAUGAACAGGUGGAUCAGUAGAGUUAACCUUGCUGCUUCUGGAUAUACAGAGAGAGAGCGAAUCAAGCAAGAUCAAGACUACUGGAGUGAAAGUGAUCAAGAAGAUGCAGAGACUCCGUCAACUCCAAAACAAGACAGCCCGCCUCCACCAUAUGACACGUACCCAAGGCCAGCAACAAUGUCAUGUGCUAGCCCAUUUGUAGAACAGAAACAUAGCAGAUUAUCCUCAACAGAAACCUCACAGUCCCAAUCUUCCCAUGAGGAAUACCGUCAGGACCCUGCAGGAAGCACCACUGAUUCUCCAGUGCGCAAAACUGCCAGCCAAAGACGAUCUUGGCAAGAUUUAAUUGAGACACCGUUAACCAGCUCAGGACUUCACUACCUUCAGACUCUUCCCCUGGAGGACUCUGUGUUCACUGACCCAGGAGUGGCAUCUCCAGAUCACAGACGGCAGUCCACACUUCCAGCUCCAAAAUGCCAUCAACAAGAUCAUUAUGGCCCAUUUCCCUUAGUUGAAGGGAACAGGUUACAAGUACUGAGUAGCAGUGGGGCAAAACCACGCAGUUUUACACUACCAAGAGAUGCAGGCUUAAGCCAUUGUGCUCCCUUGUCCCCAGUCAGUAUAUUGGAACCAACAGAACUUACUCAGAAAGAAGAAACAGAAGAGGGAGGCACUUCCCAAGAGCCAGAAAGACCAGACGAAGCAACAGACACUGUAGACGAGAAGCCAGCAGACUCUUUACAAGAUCUCUACAGGGCCCUGGAAAAGGCCAGUUUGUCCCCACUUGGAGAACAGCGACUUUCAACCAAAUUGGAGUACAAGAAGUCUUUUAUUAAAAGAUGUAGUGAUCCAGUAGUCAAUGAAAAACUUCACAGACUGCGAAUUUUGAAAAGCACUUUAAAGGCCAAAGAAGGAGAAGUAGCUAUUAUUGAUAAGAUUCUGGAAAAUCCAGACUUGACAUCUAAAGACUUUCAAGAAUGGAAGCAACUAUAUCUUGACCUUUUUUUGGACAUCUGUCAAAAAAGUGACGUAAAGAACUGUGAAAGCGUUUCUUCUGAAGUGGAUGCUCUUAUUCAGUCUCUGUCUCUCACGCAUUCUUAUAUUGAAACGCAUGUAUAAUUGUUGUAUUCUCUGAAUCUGCUCCAUGGAAAUUUUUCUAUCUGAAAUGAAUAUAUGCGAAGUCUGGUAAUAUAUAUAUUUUAAUGUUUGCUGACUUAUGUGGCGUAAGCAUUAUAUUGCCAAGAUGCCAUUGUCUUAUUUUGGCAUUUGUAAUUUUUUAUUGCUAUCAGUGCUAUGCUUUGUGUUAUUUUUGUGGUACAAAAUGAAUAAAUAAUAUGUAUUCAAUAUGUUGGUCAAGCUUAGGGCUUUAUAUUUGAAGCAAACUAACUUUUCUAUGACACAGAUUAUUUCUGGGUAAAAAUUAUUUGGCAAAAGACAAAAAUAAUUUUUUUAAUAAACAUUUAGAGAAAUAUAUAUCGUAAUUGUAAUAAUGCCUCAGAUAGAAAAUAUGAAAUGCUGCAGUUGUAUUUAUUUUUCCGAGUAUAAGAGUAAAUUGUAUAAUGGCGUUCGAUUAAAUUUAUAGUACAAGUUUGUUAGUGUGUUACAUGUAAUAUUCUUAUAGGCUCUGUUCACACAGUAGCUGCAUGGCUUCCAUUCAUGACGGCCAUGACAUCUAUUAUGGAUCCUUUCUCGGCAUAUAAUAGAUCCCACUGACUUAUAAUGGGGUCUCUUAGGUUUCUGUCAGUGUCCAGUAUUUUAAAGCACAUUCCUUAUCCCUUUGUAAAAAUACUGGAACCUUUGAUGGAAGUGGCAUAACCCACAAAUGUGAAUGGAUCCUUAAUGUGAAGAUACUCUGGGAAAUAUAUUUGUUGCUACAAUCUUAGCCAUAAUGCACAUAGAAAAUAGUGCUAGAUAUUUUGUAUUGCUGGAUGACUACCUCCUGAAAUACAGUUUGUCCCAUCUUUUUAAAGUGUUGUCCAUAGUGAGAUAGUUUCAAAAUUAUUUAUUAGAAAUAAUUCCUAUGAGAAACUGUUUCUAUGAAACAUUACCUAACAAAUUGUUUAUCUGCACAAUGUUAUUGGCUUCAUUAGAAUCAGACGGCAGAUAACUGGCCGCAUAAAUAUAAAAAAAUAAAAUGUUUGUUGCAUGUAGCCUUUUCCACAAAUAACACCACAAGCAAAUGCCAUUUUGAAGUGUAAGCUAAGUACACAAGCUCCAUACAUUCUUUGUGCAGAGCCAGAGUAUGGCACCUUUUGGACUUUAUGGCGCUGUACUAUACUUCUAUGUGCUUUUUAUUUCAUAUGGGGGCCCAUGGCUUUUUUUUUUUUUCUGUUAAAGGGGUUGUUCGGGUUCAGAGCUCCAAUGCUCUCCUUUACCGGUCUCUCCUUAGGGCUGCCAGGCGGAGGCUUCCGACCAGCAGUGAGCCCGGUGACGUCACUGGCACUUAUAGGCGGGUUUUAGCACUGCCCUUGCCUGUAAAACCGCUAGGGCAGCGCUAAAGCUGGCUCAUCAGA